AUGGCAUUCUCAGAUCAUACUUGGAUGGGAGGCGAGCAAGAGAUCAUCCGUUGGUCUCCAGAUUCCCAAAGAUUUUGCGGCUCCAAUUAUAUUGGGAUGAUAUUGAGUCUUCAAAAUUUGCCUCCUGUUAAAAGCUCACAAUUCUCAUCAAUAUAUCUACUUGCCUUGGCCUUUUCGGAAGACAUCAAAACUACUGGGGGGUUUGAGAAAAUCUUGGUGCCAUUUUUGGCAGAGUUAAGAAAGCUUGAAAGUGAGACUGGUGUUCUCAUUGACAUUAGCAUUGGAGAACCUUUUGCCCUUAGAGCAACAUUAACAGUUUUGUGUGCAGAUACGUUAGCUGCCCAUGAGGUAUUGGGGCUUCUUUCUCCAUCAGCUCGCCAUUUUUGUAGGGUUUGCAUGGUAUCCAGGCAAGAGUUUAGAGCUAACCUGUUGGCAGUGGGUGAGAGGAGGACCAAAGCUAUGUUAGAUGAACAAGUGAGAUUGAUGAAUCAAAGAAGAUCAAGACAAACGGAGUUUGGUGUGAGGAAAAGCUGCCCCCUUCAUCUUUCACGUGGCUUUGAUGGCACUAGGGAUGUCAUUUUCGAUUGCUUCCACGAUUUGCUGGAAGGAGUAUGCCAUUGGGUGGUUUCUCUUUGUUUACGCUCGUUCAUCUCUGUUGAUAACAAUAUCAGCCUCAAAGAUUUGAAUGACAGAAUUCCUGCUUUCAACUAUGGAGUAAAUGAGAUCAAGAACAAAGCAAGUGCCAACUUCAGUGAUGAUUCUCUCAAAGGUUCGAAGCUCAAGCAAACAGGCUGUCAAAUGUGGUGCUUGACCAGAAUGUUGGGCUUUCUGGUACCCGAAGUGCCCGCAGAAGAUGAACAUUUGAAACUGCUAAAUCUUCUUCAGGCCAUUCUUCUAAUUGUAUUCUCUGAUGCUGUCCGCCCAGAAGAUAUAACAAGAUUAGAAGAACUCAUUGCAGAACAUCACACUUUAUUUGAGAGACUCCAUGUCACCCCAGAACAUAAUGUAUUUGAUGAUUUGAGUGAUGAUGAAGAAGAAGCAGAAGAGAACCCUGAUGACCCUAUGGACGAUGAAGAGGCUGCAUCAGUUCAGCGAAGCAGAGUCCCCAAAAAGGUGACACCAGGAAACAAGCUACAUCAUCUUGUACAUUACCCUGACAUUUUCCGGGACCAUGGAAGUCUGAUUCGUUAUUGGUGUGCAAGGUAUGAAGGGCGUCAUCAGAUUUUCUGCAAGUAUGGGUCGAUUUGCUGCAAUUUUAUCAACAUUAUUAAGUCUAUGGCUCAAAUGUAUCAGUUGAGUACAUUAAGCGACCAUCUGAAAACAACAUACAUAGCAGAAGAGAUGGAAUUGCUUGGCCCUCAGGAGAUAACAGUAGAACUUUCAAGGCAUAGACAAUAUCUUAUUGAAUGUGGUCUGGCACCUGAUGACAUAGUCAGUGAUGUUGAAGCUGUUUCCAUUGCAGGUGAAACUUACCGACCAAGCCUCUUUGUCAUUGUUGAUUGUGCCACCCCAACAUUUGCCAUAAUACAGUACAUAUAUGUUAAAGGGAGUGAAGUGUAUCUUGUUCUGAGGCCAUGGAGAACUGUUGCCUUUGAGAGGCGGUAUUGUGCUUACCGUGUAGAAGCUACCAAUGAAUCAAGUGUAUUCAUUCAGAGUCACCAAGAUUUGGCUAGACAUGGAACCUUUGCACCAUGGAAUCCUUGGAAGCAAAGAACCACCUACAUUGCCCCUAGGACAAUCCUCUUUUGA